CAGAAUCCCACCUGGAAAGGGAGUAAUGUGAAAGGUAGGGGAAGAGUUUGCGGGCCUCCCUAGGACUGAGGACCAGGGUGCCCUCCCAGCAGGUCUCUGUGUCUUCCAGCGCCAAGCUGGAACCAGAACAGUAACAGAAACACAACCUGGCUGUAGAGAGUGGAAAUACACAAAGACACACUUUCCUCUGUGUACAGGUUGAUUUCAGAGGAAGCAAGGAGCCAGGUACCCUGGCAGAACCGAGCCCUGAGCACACAGUGGGCUGUAAGUUAAUGCUUCCUUGCGUCACUCAUUCUGAAGGGAGACCUGUGUUUACAUUUAGAUUCUGUGCUGCAUCCAUUACAGGGCACCAACACUAUCCCAUGGACUCUUCGUUCAUUAUCUGCCUUGCUAUCUCAAUUCAAGCCAUGAAAGCAGGAAACCAAAGUUUCAGGACAGAUUUUGUACCGGUGGGUCUUUUCCAGUAUGGCCAAAGGGACGCCCUUCUCUUUGGGAUGGCCAUCCUCUUUUCCAUAUCUCUGAUGAGGAAUGUCACCCUGAGCCACCUCAUCCAAGUGGACACCAGGCUCCACACCCCUGCGUACCUUCUCCUCAGCCAGCUCUCCCUCAUGGACAUGAUGUACAUCUCCACCACGGUCCCCAAGAUGGCACCCAACUCCCUGUCCACUAGUGAGACCAUUACAUUUUGGGGCUGUGCUCUCGAGUCUUGGUGGAUCCAAGCCCAGCUGCUGGGUUUCAUGUCCUCUGACCGGCAAGUGGACAUCUGCCGCCCUGUGCACUUCCAGCUCACGAGCAGGGAGAGCCUGGGCUGCGUGCUCACGGGAGUGUGGGGCAGCAGUGCUGCCACGUCCUCAACGCACACGCUGUACGUAUUUCAGCUUCCCCUCUGCAGGGCUCUGCGCACCGACCACUUCUUCUGCGAGGUUCCAUCCCUGCUGCCCGUGGUCUGUCGGGACACGUCCCAGUGUGAGCCCACAGUCCUGGGGAGCGGAGUGCCGAUCCUGCUGCUGCCAUUCCUGGCCAUCCUCGCUUCCUACAUGGUGCUUGUUGUCAUAUUCCAGGUGAGCUUGGGCACAGGACCGACGGAAGCUGUUUCCACCUGCACCUCCCACCUGUCCCUGACAAGCCUGUCCUAUGCCACCACCCUCUCCACCUGCACCAGGCCACACUCCUUGCAUCCCCCAGCACAGGACAAGGUGGUGGCAGUAUUUCACACCAUGAUCACAGCUCUCCUGAACCCCUUUAUCUACAGCCUGUGGAAUAGGGAGGUCAUGGGGGCAGCGAGGAAGACUGUUGGGGCAAGGGACAUUGGUGCGGUCACCUGCCUUUAGGAGUCCUGUGCUGAUUGAGGCUUCAACAUUGGAAGAGUUACUCCUGAAAAUUGCCAUGAAAGAGGCAGAUCCCAGAUACCUGUAUAUCAGCCUGAGAAACAGGGCUUCUCACACUUGCUCAGUCCUGAAAGCAGUAGAGCACAACUUUGUCAACUUGGAACACAACGUCCCCAUCACGCCCACUCACAGCACUGACAGUGUGAACUUCCUUGUUAGUGUCCUGAAAAAUAAUCCAUAGAAAAUAAAAUC